GGGCAUGACGCGAGCGUCACCUCACUUGUCGUCUCUUCAGAUGGGCGCUGGGUAGCGACGGCCUCCGAUGAUUCUACGAUCAUCCUGUGGGGUGCUCGAGAUGCAUGUAUCUCGCAAGAGUGGAUCGCCCAUGACGGACAGGUCCGGGAUCUCGCGUUCUCCCCAGACAGCCGAUACAUCGCGUCCGCAGGUGAAGAUCGGAAGGUCGCAAUCUGGGACAUCAGCGGCAGCGCACACCAACCUCUGUUUUGGCAGGCGCACGAAAAUGUGCCAAUCCGCUGUGUGGUGUUUUCUCCGGACGGCCGGCUGCUGCUCUCAACGGGCGACAACGCAGUGAAGAUAUGGGAUGCGGAUACGGGUGCGACGGUGCAGUCGCUGGAAGGGCACGAGGGGCGGGUGACGGGGGCUUGCUUCUCCCCGUGCGGAAAGUACAUCGCCUCUGGAUCUAAUGACAAGACGGUGAGGGUAUGGAGAACGAGUGAUGGAGCAUGCUUGACGACGCUCUCCGACCAUGGUCACUGGGUGUCGCAUGUUGCGUUCACUCCGGAUGGGACGAUGUUGUGGUCCGCAGCAGGGAAUGGAACGGUCUUGGGCCGUCGGCUGCAGGACGUCCUGCCAGAUGAGUUCGUGGAAGAUUGA